AUGAAAGAAUUAGCAAGCUUAGUUUCGGAAAAAAGCAAUGAUUUGUACAUCCAACGCAUGCAAAACAUUCGUGAUUUGUGUAACGCCUAUAAAAACGACGAAGAAGUAAUGAUUGUUAAAGUAAUAAACUGUCAUGAUCAAUCGAUAAACAAUCACGGCAUUAGGAUUAAUAGCGACGAUGGUAAUCUCAUCUCUAGCGACGGUGAUGAUGAAACUGUUUUUAAAGGUCAAAGUCAAGAUAAUAAUGAUGGUGCUAGCUGCAGCAAUGAAAAUAACACCAAAGUUGAUACAAGAAGACGGAAUUUUGAACGUGACUACGAUGAUCACAGUGGUACUAGCCGAGUUGGUGGUGAUGGAAUCAAUCUUACAGAACGGAGCAACAAUAUGAGCGAUGACAUUAACAGCAGUGACGAUGAUGAAUCCUACAACAAAAAUAAUAAUAGUAAUAAUAUCAUUAAAGUUAAACAAAAAAAGAGAAAAAAAUUAAACGUACCUGAUCUUGAUUCAUCCGAUCCUUCUGAAGUUGAAGUUCAGAAUUUAUCAAUGAUUUCAGGAAUUAGUACAGUUUAUGGUGACAAUGAUCCUGUUACUGCAGAAAUCAUGAACAAUGAUGAUGAUUUAAUUACCAUUACAGAGAAUAAUAAAAAAUCAGUAUCUUCAGAACCUCCAAUACCUUGA